AUGGCCAAGAAUGGGCUCCCAAGACUUUUCCAAGACUUCCAAGACUUCCAAGACUUACACAAGAACUCAUCGACGGCGCUACGACAUGGACCCAAGACACAGAAAUGUUCCCCCACGCUCGAUUGCUUCAUCCCCAAAAGAUUCGACUGGCUCGCUUCCGGCAAGUCACAUCCUCUCCACCCAAACUGCUACCGCUCUCUUAGAGGUCUGAUGCAUGAUGCAGUCAAACGGGUUUUCAACGCGGAAAUGAAGAGCUCUUGCGCAACUGCGUCUCUCAUCCAGGCAAUGUCCCAUGACUGCUCUGUCGACGGGGCCUGGCUUUUGACUGAGGGGUCCUCGCUAGGGUCGCUGCUCGUUCAAAUCUCACUUGAAAGGUGUUGGGAGCAUCGCAUAACCAGGCAGAGCAUCCCUCAGACGCGAAACAUGGCGCCACCAGAACUGACCCACGGAUAUGCCGUGAUAUCCAGUAUGUCAAUGGAUCAGAUAUGGUUCGGAAGAGGCGUUCUGAGUUCUCCAAUGGAUCCUCCUGGAGCCUCUCAGGAUCCUUCAAAAACCUCGUGGCGUCUCCCCUGGUUGGAGAUCUGGAUGCGGCCUUCGGCUCCGGCUUCCUUGGCCCGUUUGUCCGCAAAUCUCAAUGGGUCAGAGAAAAGAAAGUUCAGCUACGCAUCAAACGUCCAACAGUGGCGGAUAAGGCAUCUGGUCGCUUCAGGGUUGACGGACAUGGGAGCACCUGAGAAUAGCCUCAAGUGGUCCGAGCAACCAGCUUUUCAAGAUCUGGGCAAAUGCCGAAUCUCGCCACACCUUCUUUGA